AUGAUUCGCCUUCCUUUCUAUCUGACAAUGAUCGAACUCGCUUUGGGCUGCGCUAGGAACUCUACUACAACUACGACAACCUCGAGUACAACAUCCGAAGUGGUUUUCGCUAGAUUCAGAUCUGUUUUGCCUUGGAAUGCAUCAGAAACCAGCGCAUAUGAGAAUGCUUAUGAAAGUGCUAUAACACCGAAGCUCAAUGAGCUUGGGCAGGUGCUGAACGUGGAAUCAGGCAAUCUACAUGGGAACUUUGCCCUCUCAUAUACCAUUGGUAAUACUAACUGCGAUAGGGUAAAAGCAGCUAUGGAAAGCAUACGAAACGACGCGGAUUUCAUCGAAAGCCAUUCUGUGAUCUGUGGCUAA